UGAGUCUGUGAGCCACUCUGGCAAAUUAAUAGACUCGGGAGAGAGGGUCAUGGAAACCUCCAGUUUAUAGCCGGUGGGUCAGAAGCACAGGUAACAACCUGGACUAGGAUUGGUGACUGAAAUAGGGGGCUGCGGACCCUUCAGCUGUGUGAUCUGAUGCUGUCUGUCGGUAGUGUCAGAACUGAGUUGAAUUAUAGGACACCCAGCGGGUGUUGGAGGAUUGUGUGGUGACCAGCUGUGAGAGGAGACACAGGAGUGAGUUUGCCCUUUACAAAAGCCCUAACUCCCAAUACCUCAGAGUAUGACUUUGCUUGGAAAUAGGGUCUUUACAGAAGUAGUGAAGUCCAAAUGAGGUCAUCAGGGUGGGCUGUAACCCAGUAGGACUGGUGUCCUUACAAAAAGAGGGGAUUUGGAGACAGGCAUGCAGAGAAGAAAGAUGAUGUGAAGACCCAAGGAAAGUACUUACAGUGUGAAGACUGACAGGAUUAGUGUGAUUUGUCUACAGGCCAAGGGAUGCCUGAUGAGGCUGCCAGAAGCUGGGAGAGACGCCUUAAUCCCAGCACCUUCAGAAGGAACAUGGCCUUGCUGGCACCUUGAUUUCAGGCUUCCAGAACUGAGAGAUAAUACGUUUCUGUUGUGUUAAGUAACCCAGUUUGUGGUACAGUCCCAGGAAACUGGAGUCAGCCAUCACGUUUCCUGUUGACUGAAGAAAUACUAAUACCUGGGCCCAGUGUAGAGCGACAUGACAUGAACACCCUAAGCCUGCCCCUGAACAUUCGCCGAGGGGGGUCCGACACCAACCUCAACUUUGACGUACCGGAUGGCAUCCUGGACUUCCACAAGGUCAAACUCAGUGCGGACAGCCUGAAGCAAAAAAUUCUGAAGGUGACAGAGCAGAUCAAAAUCGAGCAGACGUCCCGCGACGGCAAUGUUGCAGAGUAUCUGAAACUAGUCAACAGCGCAGACAAGCAGCAGGCGGGCCGCAUCAAGCAAGUCUUUGAGAAGAAGAAUCAGAAGUCCGCUCACUCCAUUGCCCAGCUUCAGAAGAAGUUAGAACAGUAUCAUAGAAAGCUCAGGGAGAUCGAGCAGAAUGGAGCCUCCAGAAGCGCAAAGGACAUUGCCAAAGACAACCUGAAGGACGUGCCGCACUCCCUGAAAGAUGCCCACGCGAAGUCUCGAACUGCUCCCCACGGCACGGAGUGCGGUAAAUCGGGCAUGCCGGGCGUGUCCCUCACCCCGCCCGUGUUCGUCUUCAAUAAGUCCAGGGAGUUUGCCAACCUGAUCCGGAAUAAGUUUGGCAGCGCCGAUAACAUCGCUCACUUAAAAAAUUCCCUGGAGGAAUUUAGGCCUGAAGGGAGUCCGCGGGCCUAUGGGGGCAGCGCCACCAUUGUGAACAAACCCAAGUACGGCAGCGAUGACGAGUGUUCGAGUGGCACGUCGGGCUCCGCCGACAGUAACGGAAACCAGUCCUUCGGGGCCAGCGGAGCCGGCACGCUGGACAGCCAGGGCAAGCUCACCAUGAUCCUGGAGGAGCUGAGGGAGAUCAAGGACACCCAGGCACAGCUGGCCGAGGACAUCGAGGCGCUGAAGGUGCAGUUUAAGAGAGAAUACGGUUUUAUUUCUCAGACGCUGCAAGAGGAGAGAUACAGGUACGAGCGACUGGAAGACCAGCUGCACGACCUGACGGAUCUGCAUCAGCACGAGACAGCCAACCUGAAGCAGGAGCUGGCCAGCAUCGAGGAGAAGGUGGCCUACCAGGCCUAUGAGCGCUCACGGGACAUCCAGGAAGCCUUGGAAUCCUGCCAGACUCGCAUUUCUAAGCUGGAGCUCCACCAGCAAGAGCAGCAAGUCCUGCAGACAGACACCGUGAAUGCCAAAGUGCUCCUGGGGAGGUGCAUAAACGUGAUCCUGGCCUUCAUGACUGUCAUCCUAGUGUGCGUGUCUACCAUUGCCAAGUUUGUCUCGCCCAUGAUGAAGAGCCGCUUCCACAUUCUCGGCACUUUCUUCGCCGUGACUCUUCUUGCGAUAUUUUGUAAAAACUGGGACCAUAUUCUGUGUGCCAUAGAAAGGAUCAUAAUACCCAGAUGAAGCCGCGGGUUCCUCCUGUCUUCAGGUUCUUUCAGAUUGAUGUUUUAAAGAAAACUGUGCAUCCUACCAAAUUUUCAAAUGAACGGGGUUGUGCUGACUAGAGGUGACCAGGCCUGGGCUGUGCAUUGUAAAUAACUACAGUUCCCUUCACACGGUAGUACUUGCCGGCUCAGUCCCCAUCCUUAGCGAAUGUGAAUCCGUUUCAGAGCUCUCCCCACGUCGCUCACUGCCUUAAUCACACCAGAUCUUCUGCCCACCUGACUAGCCCAGCAUGGCCAGCCUCUGGUUAUUGAGCAUUUGACAUAAUUAAUGAUCCAGAAGAAAAGGGAUUUUAAGUCUCUGUCUCUCUCUUAAGUCUCUAUCACAGUCGAGCUUCACUGUUGCUUGUGGUUGCAUUUUUUCCCUGAGUCCUGUUAGCAGCAAGGAUGUAGCAGCACUUGGGGAGGGGAAGUACACGCAUUGGCCACGGUGAACCCUCGUGGCCUUUGAAAGUACAGAAAAUCCUGUGUCAUCCAGUCCACUUGUCCAGAGGACCCUAGGCCCCACCUGUUCCCAGUGUCCAUAGCGGUCAGUCGUGCGUGACUCACAAGUAACACGGAAAUCUUACGCCUGUUGAUCCAUCAGACGUCUGACUUAGAUGUUUUGUCUUGCACUUUAAAUGGUAAGAUGCGAAGAUUUAUGAGUGGGGCUUUCACCUUCUAACAUCCAGGGAGCCACACGUUGAUUUUAUCUGAAGUGGCCGUUGAAUAUCUUGCCUUCAAGCAUGUAGAAAUUCUUCCAAAUCCCACGUCAAGCCAUGGCUUGAACAUUAGGGUCCAGUAAGCACUACUCUGGAGGUUUGUAUUCCAGCACAUCUUAAUUGUGAUAGACCCCCUGUGAGGAUGUGAUUCACUCUAUUCCCUGGCUUGCGAGGGGUCGCAAAUCUCACUCCACAAAUGAAAACAAAUGAUGCUCGUGU